UGUUCUCUGAUUUCUCUCAUCGUCCCCAUUGUCCGAGCUCGACACUCCGACUAGGCGACUCCAACGCUCCGGCUCUCUCAUCAUCCCCACUCCCCAGGCUCUGGCUCUUCUAUCUUCAGUACCUCUCUCGAUACUCAUCGUCUCCGAUUACUCCGGCUGGAAGACCAGCGACUGGUGGCUACGAUUGGCGACAAAUACUCCAGCUCGGCAGCUGGGCGACUGACGACCGUCCUACUGCUGCGAACCAUCCACCAACUUUUGCUUGGCAGGUGUUUGGUGAAAUUCAUCACUGAAGAAACAAAAGAAGCAUCAAUUUUUAUAUAUUUACAAGAGUGAUAAAGCCUUGAACUCAGAAAUGCUAUACACAUAUGAUUCAACUCAUAUUCACCAGCUUUAUGAGUUUUACUCUGAAAUUAGAUGAGAAUUACUGCUAUACCAUUAGAGUUUCUUUUAAUCAUACUUGUAAUCCUGCCAUGUCUGAUAUUGGACAGUGCAGAAGGCACAAACUAUUCCAUUGUGUCUUCAUUCCCUAGACUUGGAAGAUGGUGAUGGAAACUAUUGCUUCACUUUUGCAUCACUGCUCUAAGACUAAGGCACUCCGAUGUGGCCUUUCUCUUCAUUCUGCUGCUAUUAAGACUGGCAUGCAGUGUGAUGUUUUCACCUCCAAUCAUGUCCUCAACAUGUAUGCUAAGUGUGGCAAUAUCAAAUUUGCCCGCCAAGUGUUCGACGAGAUGUCUGAGAAAAAUCUUGUGACGUGGUCAGCAAUGAUCUCUGGUUAUGAUCAAGCUGGGAAGCAUAUGAUGGCUAUCGAUCUCUUUUCUCAGAUGCAUCUAGAGCCAAAUGAAUAUAUACUUGCUAGCAGUUUAAGUUCCUGUGCUAAUCUCUUGGCGCUGAAAGAUGGGCAACAGAUCCAUUGUAAGUCUAUCAAAUUAGGUUACUCUUCUGUCUCUUUUGUUUCCAACUCGCUAAUGUCAAUGUAUAUGAAAUGUAGCAAAUGUGAUGAUGCUUUAUCAAUUUUCACUAGUACAUCAGAACCCAGUGCUGUUUCUUUUAAUGCAAUAAUUACUGGUUUGGUAGAAAAUAAUAAAAAACAAAGAGCAUUUGAGAUGUUCAAACUUAUGUGCCAACAAGGUUUGAUUCCAGACCGGUUCACUUUUGUGGGAUUAUUAGGAACUUGCUGUACUGCAGAGGACUUGGGAUUAGGAAUGAGUUUGCAUGGCCAGACAAUCAAGCUACAACUUGACUCAACUGCUUUCUUGGGAAACAUAUUAAUUACAAUGUACUCAAAGUUGAAUUUGAUUGACGAAGCGGAGAAGGUUUUUAGAUUGAUAAGUAGGAGAGAUAUUAUUUCAUGGAACACUCUGAUUGCUGCCUGUUCUAAUUGUGAUGAUCACCAAAAAGCCUUAAGCAUUUUUAGAGAUAUGGUGAAACAAUUUUUUGCCAAGAUUGAUGACUUCACCUAUGCCAGUGUUCUUUCUGUAUCUGCUGGUUUGGCUUCAAUAAACCUAGGUGGCGAGCUACAUGCUCAUUUAAUUAGAAGAAGGCCAAGUGUAGAUGUAGCUGUUGGCAAUGCCUUAGUUAACAUGUAUGCUAAAUGUGGUUGUAUGCAACAUGCUUAUACUGUUUUUAAGCUAAUGCAUUGUCGUAAUCUGGUUUCUUGGAAUACCAUCAUUGCUGGAUUUGCAAACCAUGGUCAUGGAAGAAAAGUAAUAAAAAUGUUUGAGGAGAUGCAGAAACUUGGUUUGACGCCAGAUUCUGUUACAUAUCUAGGACUUUUAACUGCUUGCAAUCACGCGGGGCUUGUAGAUGAGGGCCAAUCUUUCUUCAUUUCCAUGAAAGAGAUUCAUGGGAUCUCCCCUAAUAUUGAGCACUUCUCUUGCCUAAUUGAUCUUCUGGGACGAGGUGGGAGACUGAAAACUGCCGAAGAAUAUAUGCAAGCAUAUCCUUUUGGGAAUGAUCCAGUUGUUCUAGGCUGCUUACUUUCUGCAUGCCGGCUGCAUGGGGAUGUUGCCAUAGGGGAACGGCUAGCUAAGAGGCUUCUCAUGCUUGAGCCUGUUUCCACUUCACCGUAUGUUUUACUGUCUAAUUUAUAUGCAUCAGAUGGGAUGUGGGGUUGUGUUGCUGAGGCAAGAAAAAAGUUGAAGGGGAGUGGUCUGAAGAAGGAGGCUGGCCAGAGUCUGAUUGAAGUUAAGGGAUCUGUCGAAAAGUUUACUAUAGGCGACUUUUCCCAUUCAAGGAUCAAGGAGAUACUGCAUGUACUCAGAAGUUUAAGCUCGAUAUGGGAUGAAGAAUAUCAAAGCCAUUGAUUUGUCUGAAGGAGAGUGUUAUAUGCAGGCUGCUUGUGCCUGUAAAACCACCUCAUGGAAGUAACAUGUUGGAGAAUGUGUUAAGUUCCUGUGUGGAAAAAAGAGAUGCAACAGUUCAUCAAAUUGGUAUUCAGUAUGAUAGAAGGUACUGAAGAAAACCAUGUUAGAUGGGAAGAAUGAGAUUUACAAUUACCAGUCGAAACAGAUAACAAAUUAGAAACAGACAACAGGUACACUUUUUGAGGCCAUGUUUGUUGAGUAUGCUAGGCAUUCUAGAAGAAGAGUUUAUUGAGCUAUCCCGAAAGUUUACAAGGCUAUUGGAUGUGAGAAAAUUUCUAGUUUAAGUGGAUAAACUGAUUAUCUCAAAAAGAUACAGAGUGUGUAGUCUUUGGUUGUCAAAUUCCGGUUAAAAUUCCUGAACCGGGAUGUAGUGGUUGACGGCAAUGUUGGGGAGUCCGGAGACAUCAGCGGGAACUUCAGGAAGAGUUAUCUUUUCUGUUUAACUAUCUAAAGAGUGGUACAAUUCCAGAUCUUUCCUAAGGAUAGUUGGUCUACAUACUAUCGCAUACUUCAUACAAUCACACAAGAUUAUGUAAAGUGCAUUGGUGGUGAAAGCCUGAGGAUACAAAA